AAUCAUGCGCUUAUAAAGUAAAAAAAAAAUAUAUUUACUUUUAAUUUCCAGCUUUUGAUCAUAAUCAAGCGGCAGCUUUGAGCGGGGUUUUCACCACAGGACAUGCAAUGGGAUAUUUAGUCGGAGGAAUAGUUGUAGACAAGAUGUGUCAGAUAUUUCAAAACUCAGGCAGAGUAAUGUCCGCACAAUUAAUUUUUUUCAUGGGAGCUAUAUCUAUAUUAUUAAAGCAGAAUCUUUCUUAAGAUUAUGUCUUUAAUUUUUUCAAUUAAUUACAAAAAUUGCUAUUAUCAUUUUUGAAAAUUUUAAAUGGUUUUCGGCUACAUUAAUUGCACCAGUGAGAAAGAAAUAUUUUUUAAAAAAUUUACAAGCCCAUUUUGGCAGUAAAAAAACUGGAAUUUUCAAGCCCAUUUUGACUUUAUUAGAAACCAAUUAGAUUAUAAUCAUUUUUACGUAUACUUCAAAGAACUAUACUAAAAUCGAUUUAUGACAUAUAUGAUAUUUACGUUGUAUUAGCACUUUAGUCAUGCCAAAAAUCUGAAUAUAAUUUUUUAUUAUUACUUUCCGUUUCUUUUUUUCUGGUAAAACCGUCGGAGAAGCUGGAUUACUUGUGGGUGGAUUUCAUGAAUUUAUAGACAGAAGCUCAUUUAAAUACUUGAUUUUUAUUGACAAAAAAAAUUAGAAAACCCAUUUUAAAAACAGUAAAACAUAAAAUGGAUUCAAAUUUUUGUUUGUAUUUCUUUUAAUCACCUUUUAAAAUAUGCCACGAAAAGGAUAUUUGGAAUUUAUUAGUUUAGAAUAAACUAAAAAUAUUAAUACAAGGAACUCUUUUUAAAAAACAACUCUUCAGAAUUACUUUGUAUGACUAUAAAACAUCAACACUAUUAAAAAAAUUAGUUAUCAAAUAACACAUAAGGUUACAAUUAACAAAUAUUUAAUUUUUAAAAGAAAUAAAUCCCGUGCUUUUAAAAUGUGAAUCAUUAUAAAUAUUAUUAUAUUUAUAUCUCAAUACAUACCAUUCUAAAUAUAUAAAACAACUACUACACAUAUAACAAAAAAACAGUUAUAAAAAUAUAAAUUUUAUAAAUAUAAUAUGUUAUAAAAUAAUAUAUUUAAGAAAGAGAUAAUUAUGCGUUUUGAAAACGCGGGUCAAAAUCUAGUUCUCCGGCAUUCUUAAAGUUAAUUCCACAGUCUACCGACAGUUACUACAUUUUUAUGUUCACUCUUUCUAAUGGGUCUCACAUAACUUGGUGUGGACCAGCAACUAACUUUCCAAUAAUGGCCGAGAUUGUUCCUCCUAAGCAUCGAACCAUGAUCUAUGCCUUUGAUCGUGCACUCGAGGGUUCUUUGUCGUCAUUUGGUGCUCCCUUGGUUGAGGUUAUAUCGGAAAAAAAUGUUUGGGUUUGACUCAGAUGGAACUGAUGAUAUUAAAGAUUCUGGUGGUGCGGCCGAGGCUUUGUCCAAGGGGAUCUUGUCUAUGAUGGCUAUCCCAUUUGGAUUGUGUUGUCUUUGUUACACACCGUCACAUUUUAUUUUCAAGAAAGAUCUAAAAAUGCUAUAAUUAAAUCCAAGUUCAAGAGAAAUGGAGAUGAUAUGAAACUUAUUAUGAUUUCGAUUUUAUUGUUGUAUUUAAUUAUGAUGAAAACAUAUUCCUAUUUUAUUAUUGUAAAAAGACUGGAUAUCUAGCUUUUAUGAUUUUUUAUAUAAAAAUGGUAUGAUUUUAUUGCCAUAUAUAGAGGAUUGCUGUUGACCAAAUGGUCUAAUUUUCAAUAACAAAGUCAGAACUUGAUGAGGAGAAUUUUACUUUUGAGUGAUUUUUAUGGUUGGUACAGUAAAAUUAUUUUUGUUCUUAAGAAAUAAACCCCAAAUCCAUCGAGAAUUGUCUUCGUCUCUACUCAUAGGUCGCCUUCAUACAAAAACAAUGAACAUCAAUGUUUAUCGAACAGGAAAGAUUUAUGGAAUAUCUAUCUCUCUCAUUCUCAUCAACUUAGCCACACUGAUGCAACGAGCAGACGAAAAACUCAUUCCCUCGGUUGCCAAAGAUGUGAAAGAAGCAUUUAACGCAACCCUCUAUGAUAUUGGAUACCUCUCAUUUAUAAGAAACAUUGUUCAAGGACUUGCCUCUCCUUUAGCUGGUUUAUUGGUCGUUAUUUAUGACCGUCCGACAGUUUUCGCAGUCGGUUGUUUAUGUUGGGUCCUAUCAACUGUUGCAGUUGGAGCAAGCCACUUCUUCACCCAGGUUACCGUUGGUGUAGCAGUCAAUGGGUUUGGACAUGCAAUUGUUUAUCCAGUGCUUCAAUCGAUAAUAGCGGAUAGUUUUAAGGAUAGUGCAAGAGGUUUUGGCUUUGGUUUAUGGAAUCUCAUUGGUACGGUUGGAGCUAUAUGUGGAACCGUCCUACCAACUGUCAUGGCUGGUCAUGAUUUCUUAGGAAUCCCAGGAUGGCGAUGCGCCUUUAUGUUGUUGGCAACAAUGAGUGCGAUGAUUGGGGUUCUUGUGUUUCUAUUUGCCACUGAUCCAAGGAAAAGGAAAAAUAGUAGCUUCGUUUCUCGUGAUCAUGAACGAGACGAACUUAUGGUUCUUAAAGGGAAAAACUAUGAUGCUGCAACAAUGGAGGUUAUGAGCACGGUUUGGAAGGAAUCCUGGGUGGCCAUAAAAGAUGUAACUAAGUUACAAACAUUUCAGAUCAUCGUCUUGCAGGGAAUCGUAGGUUUGGUGCCAUGGAAUGCAAUGGUUUUCUGGACCAUGUGGUUCGAACUCAUUGGUUUUGAUCACAAUAAGACAGCAUCUCUGAGCGGGAUGUUCACAACGGGACAAGCAAUAGGGUCUUUGGUUGGGGGAAUAGUUGCAGACAAAAUGUCUCGUAUAUUUCCAAACUCAGGGAGAGUAAUGUGCGCACAAUUCAGCGUUUUCAUGGGAGCUAUAUUCUCCAUUAUUCUCUUAAGAAUAAUCCCACAGUCAACUAGCAGUUACUACAUCUACUUGGUCAUUCUUUUUCUAAUGGGUCUUACCAUAACUUGGUGUGGACCAGCCAUUAACUCUCCAAUUUUAGCUGAGAUUGUUCCUCCUACGCAUCGAACCAUGAUAUAUGCCUUUGAUCGUGCACUCGAAGUGUCAUUUUCAUCGUUUGGUGCACCUUUGGUUGGAAUUAUGUCGGAGAAAGUAUUCGGGUUUGACGCAAAAGGAAUUGAUAAUAUUAAAGACUCUGGCCGUGAGGCAGAGGCGUUGUCAAAGGGGAUCAUGUGGAUGAUGGCUGUUCCGUUUGUAUUGUGUGGUCUUUGCUACACACCGUUACAUUUUCUUUUUCGAAAAGACCGGAAAAUUGAUAGAACUCCGAGUUCAAGGGAAGCAGAGAUUAUAUGAUCAUUAGUAUGCUCGUCAUCAGCAUGUUUCAGCAAUAAAUCAGUGAAACAAUCAUGUUUGUAUUACUUGGUUUUGACUUCUGAUGUUUCUUAUAUUUUAUUCAGAAAAAUAUUAAUCAUACUAUUGGGAUUAGCGUUUGUGAAUGGGGUUUAGACUUAGGGCCUGACUGGUUCAAACGCAGCGGUUGCGGUUGCGGGAGUUUGUGGAUGCGGACGAUUGCGGUUUCGAGCGGUUUAAAGAGAUUUGUACGACUGGUACUGCGGUUAAAAAUUGGUGCGUUUGCGGGUGACUUAUGACUGGCUAACUACCAAAUGCGGUAACAGUCAAAUAAUAAAUUAACAAUAUUUACAUCUAAUAUAAUUAUAAAAAUAUCAAAAAUCAUAAAAUUAUAAUAAAUAUAAAAUUUAUAUUUAGAAAGUUAUAAUUUUAAUUUUUAAAAA